UUCGAUACACGUUGCCUGUCUGAACGUUUGCUGUUGUAAAGAUGACGUGACAGUACAUUUUUUAACAAGUUAAACAAAUAGUAAAGUUUGUCUUUUAUUUCUAUUGUUUUUUUUUGUAUCUGUUUGAUAUUAAACAUUUUUAUCUAUAACAUAGAUUUAUGUCAAAACUUUUUACUAUAUACAGUGAAUAAAUUGCUUUUCCUUGGUAUUAUUAUUUAUUAUAUGUAUGUUGUCUUUUCAAUACAUAUGGAAUAAUUCAUUUACACAAACAUACAAUAAGGAUUUCAAAGGAUUUCGUUUUAUUGGAUAAUUGUUCUGAAAUAUGGGUGAUCAGCAGAUAAUUUGCUUGAUCAAAUGGUUAGAUACCUUUGAUCUUCAAGCUGCUCAUUCAUCGCCAGAGGAUAUAAGCGAUGGUGUUGCAUUGGCUGAAGUUCUAGCUCAAAUAGCACCAGAAUGGUUUACAGCAGUUUGGCGGGCAAAAAUUAAGACAGAUGUUAGUUCUAAUUGGCGUCUCAAAGUCAGUAAUCUUAAAAAAAUUAUUGAAGCUGUCAUGGAAUAUUAUAUAGAGUGUUUAAAUCAACAGUUGUCAGGCUAUGUAAAGCCAGAUGCUGCUAAGAUAGGAGAACAUUGCGACAGAGACGAAUUAUGUCGUUUAUUGCAACUUAUUCUUGGGUGUGCUGUAAACUGCAAUCAGAAACAGCAAUACAUAACUAGAAUUAUGAGUAUGGAAGAGUCUGUGCAACAAGCUAUCAUGCAAAGUAUUCAAACAUUAGAAAGUAGUAUGCAUGGUCCUAGAUUAAGUUUAGGCACCAGUCUUAACUUUGAAUCAUUAGAUGCGACUGAUGGUGCUCAACAAAGAUUAUUGUCAGAAUUGCAAAUUGCAGUCGAUAUGAAAGAACAAUUAGAACAGAGAUGUCAUGAACUUGAUCAACAACUUUCUCUUCUUCAGGAAGAAAAAGUAGGAUUAAUUGCUGAAAAUAAGAAACUUCAAGAAAGAUUAGACGAGUUUGAAAAUCCUGAAGAUUCAGGUUCUAUUUUAAAAUAUUCUAGUCUUCGAAAACAGGUAGAAGCUCUCAAAGAUGAAGUAUUUAAAUUGGAGACCUCUAGGGAUGAUUAUAGAUUAAAAGUAGAACUGUUAGAGAAAGAAGUAUUAGAAUUGCAGACUAAGCAAGAAGAUUUACAAAAAUCAGCAGAUGAAGCAAAUAUCCUAAAAGAUGAAGUAGAUGCAUUACGUGAAACAGCAGACAAAGUAGCAAAGUACGAACUUACUAUAGAUUCUUACAAAAAAAAGAUGGAAGAUUUGAGCGAUCUAAGACGACAAGUAAAAAUCCUAGAAGAAAAAAAUAUGGAAUACUUACAAGCCAAGAUUGAUUAUGAGGAAGAGAUAAAACGAGCUGCCAUGUUACGUAAUCAUCUAGAACUGUGUAAACAGCAACUUGCAGAAGUUAGUCACAAGUUAGAUGAACAAAGUAAUAAAUAUGAUCGACUCGAAUUUGAAGGCAAAAAGAUGGAGGCAAAAUUAAGUGCUGUGCAAAGAGAAAGAGAUAGAUUAAUUAUAGAACGAGAUGCUUUGAAAGAGACUAAUGAAGAAUUAAAAUGUACGCAAUUACAAGCAGCAGAAAAUGUUACUAAACCUGUAUCAGAUGAUGCGGUAGGAAGUACAGAAAUGAUUCCACUUGAGAUUAAAGAAAAGUUAUUAUUUUUACAAUAUGAAAAUAAAAUAUUAAAAUUAAAACAAAAAGGUAAUGAAGAUAAAUUACCUACUGUACAAGCACUACUUGAACAUUCUGAAGAACAAUUAAAUAAUCUCAGAGGACAAAAUCGUGAAGCUAAUCAGAGGAUAAUUGAAUUAGAAAAUAAAUUGGAAGAAGCAAUUGGGAAUCAAUCUAGUACUGAUGCUAAAAAUGAUAAUAUUACUCUACAACAAAAAAUAACACAAUUACAGGAUGAAUUAAGAAGAGCACAAGUAGAACGAGAUCGUUUGGUAUUACAAAUUGAAGAUCGAGAUAAUGCUUUACAAAGUCAGAAACAGAAAGCCUUUACAUUACAAGAAAAAUUAACACGACGUGAAUAUGAAAACGCGGCGCUUGAAGAACGUUAUAAGAAAUAUAUUGAGAAAGCAAAAAGUGUUAUAAAAAGUUUAGAUCCUAAGCAAAAUAAUUCUUCCCCUUCUGAAAUUGUUGUCUUACGUAAUCAAAUUUUAGAACAACGUAAAAUAAUUGAAGAUAUGGAAAGGUCUUUGAAAGAAUCCAAAAUGGUCAGAGAAAUGGAAGAAAAGUUAAUGAUAUCAGCAUUUUAUCGUUUAGGAUUAUCUUCUCAUAGGGAAGCAUUAGAUCAACAUCUUGUAGCACUUAGCUCAGGACAAGGGCAAUCCUUUCUUGCCAGACAAAGACAACCUUCGGCACGACGUUAUCCGCAAUUUAACUCUAAGUGAAAAUGACAAAAUAUAUCCUAUUGAAAAGUUUGUAGCAUAACUCUAGAUUUAAUAUAUAAUUUUAUUUUAUGUGAUUUAUACAUUA